AUGAAGUUCUCCGCCCUUCUCGCCGCCGCUCCUUUGGCCGCUGCUACUGCUCACGCCGGUCGUGACCAGCCAGCUCCCUUCAGCGUCACUGCCCUUCGCUCCGGCUCUCCCAUCCACUUCGCCCCCCUGAACGCCGCCGGCGACCGCUUCUAUCUCGGGGGCAAGACAGUGACCUUUUGCCCUGACGAUGUUGGUGUUCCCUGCGACAAGAUGUCUAAGGACACCAUCUUCUCUUCCGCCAGCACCCUGAGCCCUGCUAAUGCCACCGGCCUCCAGGAUGUGAGCGUUCCCGGCGGCCAGUCCCUCUACGUGGACAAGUUUGGCGCCGUGGGCUUCACCACCGCUCACUCAGUCUUUGUGCCCCCUGGUUCCGAGCUGGGCCCCUUCAGCUACAAGCCCAACGCCUUCGGCAACGGCAACAGCGAGUGGACCUUCGGUGAUGGAUUCAUGGCUUGCCCUGUUCCUUCCAACGCGACUGCUUCCGCCUCGACUCGCCGCAUCCGCCGCGGUGCUGCGCCUGUCUACCAGGUCUUCGCUGCCCGCGAUGAUGCUUUCGUCCCUACUGGGAAUGUUAGCGACUGCCUUGGUUUCGAUGCCCUCGCCGUCCCUGCUAAUGGUACCCAGGGUGCUUGGCAGUAUGUUUAA